AUGUGCAGAGCCUUCCCCUCCACCCUGAAAGGGGCAGCGUGCCAAUGGUUUUCUCAUCUUCUGCCACGAUCUCUCUCUAAUUUCACUGACAUAGGUCGGGCAUUCCUGGCUCACUUUGUGAGUAGCAGGGUACACAAGAAGACGGCCAUCAAUCUUUUGGCUAUAAAGCAGCAGCCGGAAGAGUCCAUCAGAAGUUUUCUUACAAGAUUUAACAAAGAAGCCCUACAAGUCCAAAACUUCGAUCCAAUGGUGAAGUUUCAAGCUCUGCGAAGUGGAGUCAAAGAUAUCGAGUUGAAAAAGUCAUUAAUGAUGGACGAACCAGAAGAUAUGUAUGAAUUAUUCUCGGGGUGUGAAAAGUAUAACAACCUAGCUGAAGUCCUUGCGGCAGAGAGAGAAGAUAAAACUGAGAAGAAAACUCAAGGGAAGAAGGAAGAAAUCCCCCAUGAGUUCUGCGUGAAGCACAACCGAGAUGAUGAGGAUAGAAAGAAAAGGAGAGAUGAUAGGAAAGCUUGGGUUCCUAGGGCCGUAGAGCGAGAAUUCGAGCCAAAAUAUACGGCCCUGACUCACCUUCGGGAACAUAUCUUGAACGAGAUCAAAGAUCAGGCCACACUACAUUGGCCAGCCAAAAUGGUCAAGCCAGCCCAUGAGCGUAAUAAGAAUAAGUACUGCCGAUUUCACCGAGAUCACGAUCACGAUACCGAGGAAUGUAGACAGUUAAAGGAUGAGAUAGAGGCGCUUAUCCAGAGGGGACAUCUUGGCCGAUUCGUCAAGAAAGAGACGAGUGGCCAAAGGACGGACUAUCAAACUCGGGAACCUGAGAGAAGGCGAAGGUCACCCCCCAAGGUCGAUAAAGAAUAA